CUGGCUUAUCUUUAAGUUGAUCACAAAAUGAAUCUAAUUUAAAAAUAAGUAUUUUGCAUUUAAACGUAUUAAAGUGUCGGUAUUGAAAACACCAAAUUCUUAAUGUUGCGGAGGCAAUUAUCUUUUCGAUUUGAGGACAAUGACCAGAAUGGUUAUGGGAACAUGAUGAAUCGACGUUAUUCACGUGUGGAGUCCGGCGGGGACUUAAAGGACUACUUUGAUCGCGGAGAUAUUGCUUCUCGUGAGAACCGAUGGACAUUUGAAAUUGCUUGGGAAGUAGCAAAUAAAGUUGGUGGCAUUUACACGGUAAUACGUUCGAAAGCUUAUGUGUCGACUGAAGAAAUGGGCGAACAAUUGUGUUUGAUGGGACCUUAUAAGGAACAAUGUGCCCGCACAGAAAUUGAAGAAAUGGAAUUCCCACGUGGCAAUCCUCUCUUAGAUGCCGUCAAUACUAUGAGAUCUAGAGGCUAUAAAGUACACACUGGUCGCUGGCUUGUCGAUGGCAAUCCCCAGUUGAUUCUAUUCGAUAUUGGUUCAGGUGCAUGGAAAUUAGAUCAAUUCAAAUCCGAACUGUGGGAAAAAUGUCAUAUCGGUAUUCCUCACUUGGACGUUGAAACAAAUGAUGCCAUUAUUUUAGGCUACAUGAUUGCGGAGUUUUUGGAAGAGUUUCGCAAUCGUGCUGUUGAUUAUUCUCAAGCCAAUGAAUUGCAAGUUCCUCGUGUUGUUGCUCAUUUCCACGAAUGGCAGGCCGGUGUUGGGCUAAUUGCAUUGCGCACACGUCAUGUUGAAGUUGCUACCGUAUUUACCACUCAUGCAACAUUAUUGGGUCGUUAUCUGUGUGCUGGAAACACAGAUUUUUACAAUAACUUGGAUAAAUUCGCCGUAGAUGACGAAGCUGGUAAGCGUCAAAUCUAUCAUCGCUACUGUAUAGAACGUGCUGCCACCCAUCUGUCGCAUGUCUUUACCACGGUCUCAGAAAUUACCGGCUAUGAAGCCGAGCACUUAUUAAAGCGAAAACCAGAUAUUAUAACGCCAAAUGGCUUGAAUGUUAAAAAAUUCUCAGCUAUUCACGAAUUCCAAAAUUUGCAUGCAAUGGCCAAGGAAAAAAUUAAUGAAUUCGUUAGGGGUCACUUUUAUGGUCACAUGAAUUUUGAUCUUGAUAAAACAUUGUACUUUUUCAUCGCGGGACGAUAUGAGUUUGGUAAUAAGGGCGCUGAUAUAUUCAUCGAAUCUUUGGCUCGUCUUAACGCCAUGUUGAAACACGAAAAACCAGAUACAACAGUUGUUGCGUUUUUGAUUUUCCCCACCAAAACUAACAAUUUCAAUGUAGACUCAUUGCGCGGUCAUGCCGUGGUCAAACAAUUACGCGACACCAUCAAUAACGUACAGCAGAAUAUGGGCAAACGAUUAUUUGACUCUUGCCUCAAGGGCCAUAUACCCGGAACUGAUGAGCUACUUACAAAAGACGAUUUGGUAAAAAUUAAGAGAUGUAUGUACGCCAUGCAGAGGGAUAGCAUGCCACCGGUUACCACACAUAACAUUACAGAAGAUUGGAAUGACCCCGUCUUAAGUGCGAUCAGACGAUGCAAGUUAUUUAAUUCGAUUAAUGAUCGAGUUAAAAUGGUAUUCCAUCCAGAGUUUUUAACUUCUACUAAUCCAUUGUUCGGUAUUGAUUACGAGGAGUUUGUGCGUGGUUGUCAUUUGGGCGUAUUUCCAUCGUACUAUGAGCCCUGGGGCUAUACGCCAGCCGAAUGCACUGUUAUGGGUAUUCCUAGUAUUACUACAAAUCUCUCUGGCUUCGGUUGUUUUAUGCAGGAACACAUUAGUGAUCCCAAAUCCUAUGGUAUAUACAUUGUAGAUCGCAGAUAUAUUGGCCUGGAAAGUAGUGUUCAACAGCUGUCCAACUUUAUGAUGGAAUUCUCAAGAUUAAACAGGAGACAGAGAAUUAUUCAGCGUAAUCGUACCGAACGUUUGAGUGAUUUGCUUGAUUGGAGAACAUUAGGCAUUUACUAUAGACAAGCACGUCUUAAGGCCAUACAAGCUGUUUAUCCUGAUUACGUCGAUGAAAGUUCUUUAUACGGUUCUCGCAGUAAUUUGAGUUUCUCUAGACCCUUCAGUGAACCACCCAGUCCUUCUUCAUCAAGGCAUACUACUCCGGCCCCCUCAGUUCAUGGUUCGGAUGAUGAAGACUCGGUUGAUGAAGAAACUGAACUCAAAGAACUGGGCAUUAAAUAAAUUUGUUUGUGUGUUCCUUCUUUUACAAUAAUGACCAUGACCUGCAAUAGCGCUCACACAUUUUUAUUACAAUACUGUUUUAAUUACAUAUUUUAAAUUGACGCAUUAUGAAGAUUAAUUCGAACAAAUCAACAACAAUGAUAAUCAAGUACCUCAACAAUUUGAAAACAAUUUAAUCCUCAAACUUUGACGUACAAACACUUAAAAAGAAACAAUUUUUAAAACUAGUUAAUUAAAAAAAAAAAACAUUUAUUAUCAACAAACAUAGCCGACGUUUUCACUUUUACGACUAAACAUACUACUAUAACAAAUAUUAAAUUUUAUGAUGACAUUAGGUAAAUUAAAAAAAAAAAUUAAACUAAAAUAUUAUAUUAAUUAAUUAUUUAAAAAGUAAAAACAAAAUUGAUUUAAAUGUUCAAA